AUGGCGAGUUCUGACUGGGGAUAUGAUGACCACAAUGUGCUGAGAGGUGGUCCUCUUUCUGAAAGCUUUAGGCUCAGUCAGUUCCAUUUUCACUGGGGCCGCACAAAUGACUAUGGUUCUGAACACACAGUGGAUGGAGUCAAAUAUUCUGGAGAGCUUCACAUAGUUCACUGGAAUUCUGCAAAAUACUCCAGCUUUGCUGAAGCUGCCUCACAGGCUGAUGGUUUGGCAAUUAUUGGUGUUUUGAUGAAGGUUGAUAAGGCCAACUCACGACUGCAGAAAGUACUUGAUGCCCUAAACGCAGUUAAAACCAAGGGCAAACGAGCCCCAUUCACAAAUUUUGACCCCUCUACUCUCCUUCCUUCAUCCCUGGAUUACUGGACCUACUUUGGCUCUCUGACUCAUCCUCCUCUUCAUGAGAGUGUAAUCUGGAUCAUCUGUAAGGAGAGCAUUGGUAUCAGCCCAGAACAGCUGGCACAGUUCCGAAGUCUUCUAUCAAAUGUUGAAGGUGACAAAGCUGUCCCCAUUCAGCACAACAACCGACCACCUCAGCCUCUGAAGGGCAGAAUAGUGAAAGCUUCAUUCUGACGGGAACAGGAAGGAACUUAUCCUCCUUCCAGAAACACUGCCCUGCUUCUGACACAAACCAGUAAAACAAAUUUUGAAGAAAUAAAAUUAUUUCAAUACUA